CGCUGAGAUACGUCACAGUGCAGGGUUUCUAUAUAUAUAGUUGCCGCACCAUUUUGCCGCAUUACAGUAGGCACUCAGCGAAGGCAUAGGGGCUGUGCGAGAGGAAGUUUACCGAGAAAUCGCUGGUUGAAAGAUUAAAAGAUGCAGAUCUUCGUGAAGACCCUCACUGGCAAGACCAUCACCCUUGAGGUUGAGCCAAGCGACACCAUUGAGAACGUGAAGGCCAAGAUCCAGGACAAAGAAGGCAUUCCUCCUGACCAGCAGAGGCUGAUCUUUGCCGGCAAGCAGCUAGAAGAUGGCCGUACUCUGUCCGACUACAACAUCCAGAAGGAGUCCACCCUCCACCUGGUGCUGCGUCUGAGGGGCGGCAUGCAGAUCUUUGUGAAGACCCUCACUGGCAAGACCAUCACCCUUGAGGUUGAGCCAAGCGACACCAUUGAGAACGUGAAGGCCAAGAUCCAGGACAAAGAAGGCAUUCCCCCUGACCAGCAGAGGCUGAUCUUUGCCGGCAAGCAGCUGGAAGAUGGCCGCACUCUGUCCGACUACAACAUUCAGAAGGAGUCCACCCUCCACCUGGUGCUGCGUCUCAGGGGCGGCAUGCAGAUCUUCGUGAAGACCCUCACUGGCAAGACCAUCACCCUUGAGGUUGAGCCAAGCGACACCAUUGAGAACGUGAAGGCCAAGAUCCAGGACAAAGAAGGCAUUCCCCCUGACCAGCAGAGGCUGAUCUUUGCCGGCAAGCAGCUGGAAGAUGGCCGCACUCUGUCCGACUACAACAUUCAGAAGGAGUCCACCCUCCACCUGGUGCUGCGUCUCAGGGGCGGCAUGCAGAUCUUCGUGAAGACCCUCACUGGCAAGACCAUCACCCUUGAGGUUGAGCCAAGCGACACCAUUGAGAACGUGAAGGCCAAGAUCCAGGACAAAGAAGGCAUUCCCCCUGACCAGCAGAGGCUGAUCUUCGCCGGCAAGCAGCUGGAAGAUGGCCGCACUCUGUCCGACUACAACAUCCAGAAGGAGUCCACCCUCCACUUGGUGCUGCGUCUCAGGGGCGGCAUGCAGAUCUUCGUGAAGACCCUCACUGGCAAGACCAUCACCCUUGAGGUUGAGCCAAGCGACACCAUUGAGAACGUGAAGGCCAAGAUCCAGGACAAAGAAGGCAUUCCCCCUGACCAGCAGAGGCUGAUCUUCGCCGGCAAGCAGCUGGAAGAUGGCCGCACUCUGUCCGACUACAACAUCCAGAAGGAGUCCACCCUCCACUUGGUGCUGCGUCUCAGGGGCGGCAUGCAGAUCUUCGUGAAGACCCUCACUGGCAAGACCAUCACCCUUGAGGUUGAGCCAAGCGACACCAUUGAGAACGUGAAGGCCAAGAUCCAGGACAAAGAAGGUAUUCCCCCUGACCAGCAGAGGCUGAUCUUCGCCGGCAAGCAGCUGGAAGAUGGCCGCACUCUGUCCGACUACAACAUCCAGAAGGAGUCCACCCUCCACUUGGUGCUGCGUCUCAGAGGCGGCAUGCAGAUCUUCGUGAAGACCCUCACUGGCAAGACCAUCACCCUUGAGGUUGAGCCAAGCGACACCAUUGAGAACGUGAAGGCCAAGAUCCAGGACAAAGAAGGCAUUCCCCCUGACCAGCAGAGGCUGAUCUUUGCCGGCAAGCAGCUGGAAGAUGGCCGCACUCUGUCCGACUACAACAUCCAGAAGGAGUCCACCCUCCACCUGGUGCUGCGUCUGAGGGGCGGCAUGCAGAUCUUCGUGAAGACCCUCACUGGCAAGACCAUCACCCUUGAGGUUGAGCCAAGCGACACCAUUGAGAACGUGAAGGCCAAGAUCCAGGACAAAGAAGGCAUUCCCCCUGACCAGCAGAGGCUGAUCUUUGCCGGCAAGCAGCUGGAAGAUGGCCGCACUCUGUCCGACUACAACAUCCAGAAGGAGUCCACCCUCCACCUGGUGCUGCGUCUGAGGGGCGGCAUGCAGAUCUUCGUGAAGACCCUCACUGGCAAGACCAUCACCCUUGAGGUUGAGCCAAGCGACACCAUUGAGAACGUGAAGGCCAAGAUCCAGGACAAAGAAGGCAUUCCCCCUGACCAGCAGAGGCUGAUCUUUGCCGGCAAGCAGCUGGAAGAUGGCCGCACCCUGUCCGACUACAACAUUCAGAAGGAGUCCACCCUCCACCUUGUGCUGCGUCUCAGGGGCGGACAGUAAAUGUCCUGUUGCCCUUGCUUUAGCCAACCCCAUUACCAAUUCUUUGACUUUCCCUAUACCCCUCUUUUUUAAGUUUCCAAACCUUUUUCCACUUUUUUUAUGUUCAACCAUAAUGGCAUAAUAAAGCAUACAGAAGCAU